AUGAUUUAUUGCCUUUUAAAUUUAAUAUUAUCUACGUCAACUGAAAAUGAUGUAAUUCAAGAUCUUAUUAAUGACAUAAAUAAAUUAGAUAAGAAAGUAAUGCAAAUUAUAACCGAUGAGGAGAAUGAAAUAUGUAAUAUUAUAAGGUCUAGUUAUCAUCCUAUGUCUUUGUUACAAGAACUUUUUUAUCACACUUUUGAUGAUUUAAAAGUAUCUGACUGUGAUCUUAAAUCAUUAUUAAGGAAAAUUCUUAACAAUAUGAAAGCAUUGAAAGUAUUUUUUUUAUUUAAAAAAAUAACAACAUUAGAUAUGAAUGAAAAAUUGAAUCUUUUUUUAUACAACAUGCUUCAAAAACAUGAUAAAUAUAAUGAUGAUUUUGAUUUAAAUGAUGGCAUAUUUGAAGUGUUUGGUUUUAAUCAUAUUAUUAAAAUAAAAAAUAUUUUACAUGAAGGAAUAAAGAAGUAUCUAAAUAGUCAAAAUUUUAGAAAAAACAUUGAAAGUUUAAGCAGAUUAAAAUCAAAGGAUGUAAUUGUUGUAAUUAGCCAUUUUAUUGAUUUUUUAGUAGAAAAUACAUUAAAAAAAUCUAUAGAUAGUUAUGUGAAAAAUUUUCAACUCAUUGAUAUAAUUGAAUUAGUAAUUAAUCAGGAGAAUUUUUUAAAUAAUAAUGAAAUUGAAGAAACAUGUCUUAAAUUUAAUAAUAUUUUUAGUAAAUGUUUAUCCAUAAUAGAUUCUGAUUCAGAAGAUAAAUCAAUAAUGGAAAUUUUUGAUUGUUUUGAUAUAGAAAUAGAAGACGUGUGUAAAAUUUUUAUACCAAAAAUUGAAGAAAAAUACAUUGAAAAAAUUAAAAAAGAUAUUAAGAUAUUAAAAGAUACGAUAUUAAGCCAAUGUGAAGAUGAUUUUUUAUCUCUUAAUAAUAAGAUUAUUAAUUUAAUUAAUUUAAAGAACAUUAAAAUUAAACGUUUUUAUUUAGCACAACAGUCAUUUGUUUUGUUAAAAAAAAAUAGUUAA